AUGAGUGACUGGGGAGUAGCUAUUUUGGUAAUAGCAAUAUGUGCUAUAGUUGCCGUAGCUAUAGCUGCUCUAUUAAGAUUAUUUGGACUGUAUCACCUUGCUUUCUGUUUUGCUGAAGAUGAAGAGAAGGCGAUAUUAACCAAACACGAACAGGGUCAUGGGUACAUGGUGAAUUCUGAUACCCAAGAAUUUAUUUUAGACAAUAAUGAUAAGUUUGUUAAAUACGACCCCCUGGAAUCGGAUCCUAAAUAUACCAAUCUGGAAACAACGACGGAUGAUAGUCAUAGUCAUACUAAUACUGUUGCCAGGCAACCAUCUCAGGAUGAAAGUGCUAGAAGCAGUCCAGUGUCAGGAAUAAGACGAGCAGAAUCAUGUGAUAGUGUGGUGUCUGAUUCGUCUGUAUUAGAAAUGCAGCCAGACAUGCCAAGAAUUGGUCAGUUGGAAUUCGCCUUAGAAUAUGACAAGGAGGUAAAUGAAUUGAUUAUUAGUAUUAUACAAGCCAGAGAUCUAGCUCCCAACCAAUAUACUGGAACAUUAGAUACAUUCAUUAGAGGAAUAUUACUUCCUGAUAUAGCUGCUAAAUUUCAAAGCAAGACAAUCAAAAACAGCGUUGAUCCAAUAUAUAAAGAACGGUUUCUAUUCAACAUAGAACCAACACAACUGGAAACCAGAGUUCUACAGUUUCAGGUCUAUUCGGUAGAUAAAUAUGCCAGGCAGAAGGUGAUUGGUGAAUCUGAAAUCAGAGUUGGUGAUGUAGACUUGAAUCAACCUAUCAAAAUGUGGUUAAACCUUAGAGAUAUUUCUGAAGAGAAACCAACAGAGUAUGGUGAUAUGAUGUUUAGUCUAAGUUAUUUACCAACUGCUGAAAGGUUAACUAUUGUUAUUGUAAAAGCCAGAAAUCUUAAAUGGACGGAUAAUAAGGAUUACGGUGACCCGUUUGUUAAAGUAUAUUUACUACAGAAUGGUAAGAAAAUCAGUAAAAGAAAAACGACAAUAAAACGAGGAGAGAAUACACCUGUAUUUAACGAGGCUAUGAUCUUUUCUGUACCUUCAUCUGCCUUACCUACUGUACAGCUCCGAAUCACCGUAGCAGAACUACUUCCAGAUAAUCGAACGCCUUCAUUAGGUCACGUGAUCGUCGGCUCCAAUACAUCAGGUACAGAACUCUCUCACUGGAAUCAGAUGAUGACAUCAUUAAGGAAACCUGUAGCGAUGUGGCAUUAUCUAAGGAAAUGAAUACAACAUGAAAACCAAUUUGAAAAGUAACUAUUGUGUGUGCUAUUGUAAAACUAUGCUCAGGUCGACUGGCGUUUCAGGCAUCUCAUCGAUUGGUCGAAGUCGACUUAAACGAAUCUCUGAUAUCGAAAAACUAAAUCCAACUGUUGUCAGAUACCAUCAGUUGGCAGCUGUCGUUCAAAAAUCCAGGUGCCCGCAGAUAAUGCCAGUCGCAAGGUCGGCCUGAGUCUCGCUCAGAAAUACCCCUGUGAUGACUAUAGGCCUACAGUAUCGGCUAUAUUUCUUUGAAAUGCUGGCUUAGCCUUGAUCUGUAGCUGAAGCGACACUUCGUUUAAUUGAACAUCAAGAACAACCUCCCAAUCACCAUGAGAUGUCACUGUAUUGUA